GCCUUAUUUCUAUUUAACUGUAUUCCACAGUUGAGAUACGCGGCAGCUUUCCCGCGAGUGGGCGUGGUUUCAGCGGACACGCCUCCAGUGUUUGAGAGCAGAGAAUACUGCUUUUUUUUACUUUAUUUUUAUUUACUUGACAGGUUUUAUCAUUCAAGUUUGGCUGAGUGGUUAAUUACACAUUUUUCUGUGGUGACAAACUCAGACCAUAUUUAAUAUUGCUUUAUACGGACUUUAACAUUUCCCAUAUGCAAAGCCAAUUUAAACUCUUUUAAAAAUCUGAAAAUAUACAAAAAUGUUCUGUUGAUAAACCCAGAUCUCUGUACUGUCAAACUUCAACAGUCAAAUAUACACACGGAGAAACUUUGAAAUAUGGACUGAGCUGUAAAAUCAAAUAAAGACAGUCUGCACAAUGUUACUAAAAAUAUUAUUCUACCUUUGACGUCAAUAUUUACAGUUUUACUUUUAAAAUCAUUUAAAGGUUACAGUGGACUCCUGCAUUCACAUAUUUCAGACAAAUGAAUGAAUAACAAAUAUGAUUGAAAACUUAAGUUUAAUGGCUGCCUUAAAUUUUUAAGCAAAAUCAAAGAGGUACCAAACGUUCAUAACACACUUUCAAUAACUUUAAAAUCAAUUACUAAACUGACUGAACAAAUGUAUUGUUAUAAUAGGCUAAUAAAACGAUUUCUAUAGUGCAAAUUAAUAACGUUUUAAAAUUUAUAUUGUGAAUUUAAAAUUACCUUUAACAUGAAGUGUAUUGUUAAAAAAAAACUAACUUAAAUACUGAUUCGUAUUUUUUGUCACUUUAUUUAGAAACUCUGUCAUAACUUGAUUUGUUUCUUUAUUCAUAAGUGCAAGAUUCCUUGCUGACACAACAAACACAGAAGGAACUGAAGCAUUCGGUGAAACGCGCGCACUGCGCAUCCAAGAAGCUGUUGCGCACCGAGUCAAAAAUCAUUUAUUGCUCUGUAUGUGCAUGAUGCAGUACGUACCAGACCAGAGUGAUUCUCAUAAAUCCCACCCACGACCGUGGGGCUACGACAAUAGCUAUUACAUCAACUAGACCUGCAUUCUGGGAAGUUUUACGCGCGGAUGGUGAGAACGCGGGACAUUUUUGCGCGGGACAUUUAUUUACAAUGUACGUACGUUUUUAGAGCGUCAUCUGGAAAUACAUUAGAAGUGAUGUAUAUGUUGUUAAGUUAAUAGCUAUAUUUUAAAUAAUGGACAUUUCAGGUAAAUUUGGCGCACAUUUUGCUCCUCUAACAGAAUUACUUAAGUCACCAAGUAAUGAAGUGACGCUUUUGUAAAAAUGGAAUCAGAUGAUCCACUUGGUGUGAGGAGUCAGGUGAAUAUCUCGACUGCUUUUGCCAACAUCUCACCAACAAUAACAGGACCUGACGAGCUUGCUUCCGCGUCUUCAUACGAUUUAGUAGUAACAUCCAUACUCGGCACAAUUUUGACCAUCAUGUGUUUGGUAGGAGUAAUCGGAAACGUUUACACGCUGAUCAUCAUGAACACCUCUGUGCGCGUAAGUGGAUCGAUGUAUGUCUACAUUGUGAACUUGGCUCUGGCGGACCUGCUGUACCUCUCCACCAUCCCUUUCGUGGUUUGGACGUAUUCUGCAAAGGACUGGUACUUUGGCGACAUCGGAUGCCGCGUUCUGUUCAGCCUGGAUUUCGUGACCAUGCAUGCGAGCAUCUUCAUCCUGACCAUCAUGAGCACGGAGCGCUAUCUGGCUGUGGUGAACCCGCUGGACACCUUCGGUCGGUCCCGACGCUACAGGCGCGCAGUCACCUGCCUCGUGUGGCUCUUUUCCUUCAUCCUGGCUCUGCCGACCAUGAUCAUGAUUGACUUGAAGAGAGACGUGCACAAUGGAGUAGAGAAGCGCAUGUGCCACCCGACCUGGCAGAUGACCGCGUACAGAGUGUAUCUGACCAUCCUGUUCAACACCUGCAUCUUGGCUCCUGGAUUAAUCAUUGGAUAUCUCUACCUGAAAUUAGCCCGGACCUACUGGCUAUCGCAAACUUCAGUAUUCCCAUCCAGAGAAAUGAAGAAGUGUCCUAAACAAAAGGUGUUAUAUAUGAUCUUCAGUAUAGUUCUGACCUAUUGGGCGUGUUUCUUACCCUUCUGGUUGUGGCAGUUGCUCAGUAUCUAUUAUUACGCGCACGGACGGCUGUCGAGCAGCACGGUGGUGUACAUUAACUUCGUUGUGACUUGUUUGGCGUACAGUAACAGUUGUAUCAACCCGUUCUUGUACACUUUAUUAACGAGGAAUUAUCAGGAAUAUGUGAGGGACAGACAAAAAAGCAUAGAGUUUAAGAGGAGGUUAAGACUGUCAUCUCAAAGGUCUGUAUCGUUGGGGACUAGUCAACAGUUCUGUAAUACUUUGACUAAUACGCACCGCAACGGCAUUUUGGAUACCUACAGCAAACUUUGAUUUCGUUGCUUAAACAAGGCAGUUGUGUAAUUAAUAAUUAACGUACAUUUAACACAUUUGUAUAAGAAAAGACGCUAGGGAGCCACUCGUCUUUCCUUCUUUUAUUUAUGCACCCAAAAACGUUUACAGAUUUACAGCGUGAAACAAUAUCGUGUAUGUGACCAUGGACCUCAAAACCAGUCAUAAUUGUCUUUUUUUGAAACUGAGUUAUACAUUGAUGUAUGGUUUGUUAGGAUAGGAUAAUAUUUGGCUGAGAUACAACUAUUUGAAAAUCUGGAAUCUGACGGUACAAAAAAAAAAACAAAAUACUGAGAAAAAUGCCUUUAAAGUUGUCCAAAUGAGGUUCUUAGCAAUGCAUAUUACUAAUCAUAAAUUAAGUUUUGAUAUAUUUAUGGUAGGAAAUUUACAAAAUAUCUUCAUGGAACAUGAUCUUUACUUAAUAACCUAAUGAUUUUUGUUCAUAAAAGAAAAAUUGAUCAUUUUGAUCCAUACAAUGUAUUUUUGGCUAUUGCUACAAAUAUGCCCGUGCAAGUUAUGACUGGUCCA